AUGGAAGAAGACCCGGAGUCCAGAGCAGUGACUACAGUGAACAGGAGCAGUAAAAGUCCCACACUGGAGGAUUUGGGCCUCUCACACUCUGCUCUGGCUUAUGACAACAAGUUUGUGUGCUCUCCUCCAGGAAUGCUUAUGUUGGGAGAAAUAGUUUGUGGACUGCUUGUGUGGACUCUUCUAGGCGGGACUGAUUAUUUGCAGGUGCCAGCACUGGGCUGGGUGAUGUUUGUGUCAGUGGUUUGCUGGGUGCUGACUGUCUGCCUUCUUCUACUGCACCUGACCACUGCUCACACAAAGAUCCCGCAAGUCCCAUGGUCAACUCUGGGACUGUGCUUCAAUAGCAGUGCCACUAUUCUGUACAUGACAGCUGCAGUGAUUAAUUCUACAUCUGUACCACAAGCCAUUAGGGGGCGCUAUUACUACAUCAGCUGGAUUGCUUCCACGGUAUUUGCCUUCUUAGUCGUGCUUUGUUAUGCAGCAAAUUCAUAUGUGAGCUACAAAUCCUGGAGGUCAAAAAGUGAUGAUUCCUAAACAAAAUGACUGGAAUUACAUACGAUUUACAAAAUUAUCUUUAACCUGAUGACUUGCUAAGGGCUUUUUAUAUUCUCAUGUACUUGCGCAUCAAUGUUAAAUGGUUUGUUUGACAUGAAAA